AACUUGUACUACCACUCAAUAACCACUUCAAACCACAUCCUUUUGCUAAUAAUAACUUAACCUAAAAUGAUAAGUAAAUGUUGAUUUUAAAUAAGUUGACAAUACUACGUGAUAAGACAUAUCACUUUCAAUCAGUUAUUCAUUUACACCGGAAUUUAUAUAAAAAGUCGAUUCAACCUAAACCAGUUUUUUUCAACAAGGUCAAGGUUACAUCACAUUCCUCUUGUAGGCAUAAAAUCAAUUCGUUUUCAACCAUUUCAAAGAUGUCUCUGAAACAUUUAGGUGCAGGGUCUGAAUGCCCACCAAAAAGCGAUGAGAAAAAGCUUCGUUUAUAUUCAAUGGAAUAUUGCCCAUUUGUACACAGGGUGAGGCUCGUUCUUAGAGCUAAAAAUCUUGAUUUCGAAACGGUUAAUAUUAACUUAAUCAACAAACCUGAGUGGUUGUUUAAGUUACAUCCUGAAGGUAAAGUUCCCGCUUUAGAAAUAGGCGAUAAAGUAAUUGUGGAAAGUUUGGAUAUUUGUAACUAUUUGGAUCAAGAAUAUCCAAAUCCACCACUUUACCCAUCCGACCCUACUCAAAAAGAAAAAGAUAUAGCUUUGUUUGAUGUUAUUGGAAAAUUACAUGGAAAUUUUAUCGAUUUGGUGCUGAAAAAGGAAACAAAGACCCCUCAAGAAUGGAAAAACAUAUUCAUGCCUAAUUUAACUAAAUUGAAUGAUGAAUUAAAACAACGCGGAACUACAUAUUUCGGCGGAGAAACCCCUGGAAUGCUUGAUUAUGUUUUAUGGCCUUGGGCCGAAAGAGCCGGAACCGUUGUAAUAGUUUUAGGAGAAAAACUUCCCCUUGAAUCCAAUGAAUUGGAGGUAAUUAGAAAAUGGAGAAAAACAAUGCAAGAACACCCUGUUGUUGCUGGAAUUUACCACGGACCUGAAAAGUUCUAUAAGAGCGUUCAAAUUAAAGUCGGCGAAUUGCCACCUGAUUAUGAUGCUAUUUAAAACGGGAUAAAUAAUUACCACUUAAAAGCUUUAUACUCCUAACACAAAAGCAUAAAUUAAAAAUUCCACUUGCGCCUUGAAUACUUAUUAUAUAUAUUUCAUCCAAUUAUGACUUAAAAUUGGUCUUCCAAAAUGUUAUUUUAGAUCCAUAGUUGUUUAAAAUUUUGAUUAAAUUUAAUAAAGAAUUAAAUAGCAAA